GUAUCGAAAUCAUCCGAUGGCAGUCGAUACGAUAUAGAGAUAAUAGGAAAAACUUUAUUAAAUUAUAUUAGCCUGUGAGGAAUACAAUAGAUUAUAAUCUAAGCUCAAAAAAUGUUAAUAACACUAGAAUUCAGCGGAGGCGCAGAAAUGCUGUUUGACAAUAAAAAAUCUCAUGAAGUAAAUUUACCAGACACCGAAAAGUGGACAAUCGGCUCUUUGCUGCUUUGGAUUAGAGAUAAUCUAUUACGAGAUAAGCCUGAAUUAUUUCUUCAAGAUGAUACUAUACGACCAGGAAUCCUUGUGCUAAUAAAUGACGCUGAUUGGGAAUUAUAUGGUCAAUCGGAAUACGUUGUUGAAGCUAAAGACAAAAUAUCGUUUAUAUCUACCUUGCACGGAGGUUAG